UACAAUUUCAGCAUAUAAAAAUCUUCAAACAAAAAGAAUUUAGUUUUUAUAUUUGUGCUUCUAAAGUUUUUGAUAAGUUUAUUUUCGAUUUACAUAUUGACGAACGAUAAUGUUUACCUUUUUACAAAAAAACUCUUGUGUGUCAUGAAGCAUUUUAGAACAUCGAGCUGAUGAUGGAACAAAAGAAAGGCGCUGCAGAAAAUCCAACACCUGAAACCGUCACCAGAAAGCAAAAACCAGAGCCGAAACCUAAAACUGUCGAAGAAGACAAAGAUGUUGGGGCCAAAUCGGAGCGUGACGAUGACACUAAUCCCGCAGCUAAGUCCUCAAACCAACAACGAGACAAGUUAGAUUCUUGCAUCGGAUUCCGGUCACACGAUACAGAUUCAGAUGACGACACCUCUGUCGUAGAUAGUCCAUGUAAAGAUCAUAGCAGUUCAAUUUUAUUCAACCUCAAAAAAAGUAAGAAAAUACAUAGGAAACUUUCUUGGCCAUCAGAUGGUAAAUUAGAAGAUAACUUUUCUAAAAAACUCUCUUUUAACUUUCCACAAUUCCGUCUGUCGAGAGUAGAUAAUCUUCUUGCGUCAACAUCGUCACAGAAGACCUUGGAAAUGUUGACUGUUGUGGCUGCUUACUCUAUAUACCAUCAUUUUGGCACAAGUCCACAAGAGAUUGAUCAAAGUGAACUGAUUUCCUAUUUACAUGAACUUUCACCAAUAGGAUCUAGUCUCAUCAAAAAAUGCCUUGACAAAGCUAAAGCAUUACCAGCUCCUAAUUUUGCGCUGUAUGUUAAAAUAAAAGAGGCAUGUGGUUUAAAGCAUAACAUGUCUUCCAAAUAUGGGCACCCUUUUUGUAAGGUCUGGCUUGUAUCGGCAUCACGCAACUACGAAUAUACUGAAAUGAUGGAUAACGACGAUCACCCAGUGUGGAAUAAGGAGUUUUAUUUUUCAUUAAAAGACCCCAAUAAGGAAACACUUAUGAUAGAAGUAUGGGAUAAUGAUGAAGAGGGAAUAAUAGAAUCUGAUACUACCGUGAAGACUAAAUUCUGCUGGCCGUGCAUAGCAUGCAAAAAUUCAUGCUUUGGUGGCGAUACAAAACUGUCGGUAUUUAUCGGGCUAUUUCAAAUUGAGCUUAAGAACCUGUCCAUGGAAGGUACUGAUGAAUGGGUUGUAAUAAAAUCGCGAACAAGAAAAGUUGAGAAAGGCAGAUUACGUGUGCAGAUUAAAAUUGGAGUGUCUGGAAUCAAAACCAAUGUGGAUAUUUUCAAAAGACAUAUGCUACUAAUAAAGGAGUGUUUGUAUGACGGGUUAAAAAAUCAUACGGAAGAUGAAAACCCCAUUUAUUGCUUGGAGGAUAUUAUUCCGCCUCCAGGUAUGAUUCUUAUCUUUUUACACAGUGUAAUCAGCGGUCUCAGUGAAUGUGAGGACGCUGUUUGUAAGUUCAUAGUUUUUAAUCGCACCCGUUCUCAAAAUUUUGCAAUUCCUCUCAGAGUAAUAUUUCGGCUUAUAAAUGAAACCGGUGAUUGUAUUGACCAAAAAUGCUUUGAAGGGUCAUUAGAAAAUACUUUAGAAGACAUGUAUAGAAAAGAAGCAGAAAGUUUGCACGAUAAAUGUUUUACUAUGCUCAAUGCAUUGCAUACUUUUGACUUAGCAAACAAUAAAAGACAUUUGGAUGAUUUCGAAUUUUCAUUAAGGUGCAUUCAUACCUGUCAGGAAAUGUUGUUGAUAUCUUCAGCUCCUCUCAAAUCGUUGAAAUCAGAAGCUCAAGAUUGGACAGAAUUGAAAAGAGAAGAAAUAAAAGAGGCCUUCCCAGAUGAUGAAGCUAAGUAUACCAUGGAGCUCUUGGAUUACUUAAUUUAUUUCCAUAAAGCAGCUGAUAAAGUAAUCAAAAGAGUGUAUCCUGAUGAAACAUAUACAAAAUUUACGUUUGAUAGUCUCAAUCUACUCAGCGAUCCAUUGAAAACCCUUGUGAAUACUUUUAUAGAACGUACUGAAGAAUCCAAAGAAGAUAGACUUACUAAUAUUGAAAAAGGACUUAGCAUAUUUUCAAAACUAAAGCAAUUCGUGAAAUAUAUAGUGCGUGUAACGCAGAAAGAGGAAGAAGAUUUGCAAAUUUGUCAAUUUCAGAAAUGGUUUGGAGAGAACUUCUUCACGAUGUGCUUUCAAGAGAGGCUGGAAUUAACUAAAAGUAUGACGGUAGACGCAGUAAACGCUGACGAUCGAACGAAAUUAGAUACUAGCGUAGAUGGUCGCAAACUUCAGAAUGAAUCGGUGGAUAUUUUGCUCGAAAUCAUGAGGAAAAAUUUGACAAAUUUAUGGAAAAUUAUAUCUUAUCCACGAUCCUCAAAAUGUGAUUUGCUCUUUGCUGAUGCUAUGUAUAUCACUUGCCUAAAAUAUUAUUCUGCUAAACGCAAAGCAAUCGAGCAACAAUGUGAGCAAAGAACUUUUGGUGAAAAAGAUUUUAUAGACCUUUGCAUCUUGGCAAAUAAUCUGUGGGCUCUAGCGUCUGGUGUGGAAGAUAUUAUAACUGAUACUGUUGAGGAUUUACCUCCCGACGCCGAGGAUUCAAAGAAAAGAUUAGAGAAAUUUUGCAGAUUAGUUUCCCAAGAGAUAAGUGAAAUAAUAAUAAGAGACAUAAGAGUGUGUGUUAGGGAAAUAACUGGAAGUGAAACGUGUGAAGCUCAAGAUUCUGCUAUUAAAGACUACGAAGAAUAUUUAAAGAAAAGAAUGCAAACUAUAAAUUCGAACUCGCUACCAGGUGUUUCUAGAUGUGUGCAGUUGGAAUUGUGGAACAACGUUUUAGUUCUAAUGGGACAAUAUGUUAUGAAACCAGUGAAAAGCGACACAAAACUAACGAAAUUUGAUGAAGAGGAAGAAUUUAAAAAAGAUCUGAAUCACAAAGGGUACUUCAAAAUUUUGUCAUUAUCGAGAAGUUUGAUAUUUUCGGAUCAGGAGGAGACUCAAGGUAACAUUGCAGAUAAUAAGCUUUAUAAAGAACUGUUGGAAAAUAUUGAAAUAAAUCUUAAAGAAUAGUACUGCUGCAAACUUUCUUGAGCUUUAUCAAUAUUUUUUGUGUAACUUUGCUUUAUUUGAUUUAAAUCAAAUAUUAUAAACAACAUUGUUGGUAACUUAGCUUUAGCUUCGUUGCUAACGUACAAUGCAUUUUAAACUGAAAGCGAAGUGUAGAUUUUGCAAACUUUUAUGUGUCCGCUAUCAUAGAUUAUGAA